CUGAGAUUUAGUCCACAAUAAUUAACUACAGAACUAACCUCAACGAACUAAUCAACUGAAAGUUCUUUUAUUCCUUGAAAAAUUCAAUGGUCAAAAGUUUCCAGUCCCUAGACCAACACAACUUGCAAAUUAGACCUAAUUAAACCUUCCUCAUUCUCUCUUUUCCCCUAAUUUUGACCAACAAAUAUUGACUUAGAAAAAAAAAACCAUUACAUAUAAAUAUAAUCUCAUCCCAACCCAAAAUCUUAAAACCCAAGUCAAUACUAUUGACGUCAACCAAAACAAAAAAGUCACUAUUUUUGCAUUUUACAAAACAUGGGUUUUUUAUGGAGAACGAGAUCUAACGAGAAGAAGAUAACUCCGGUUUUGAGUUGGCCGGAAUCAGAACCGGAGUCAGAGAUAACAAUUCCACCGGAGUUUCAAUGUCCAAUCUCGAUCGAUCUAAUGAAAGAUCCAGUAAUAAUCUCAACAGGCAUUACUUACGACCGCGUAAGCAUCGAAACAUGGAUCAAUUCAGGCAACAAAACAUGUCCAGUCACGAACACUGUCUUAACCACGUUCGAUCAAAUCCCAAACCACACGAUUCGUAAGAUGAUUCAAGGAUGGUGCGUGGAGAAAGGAUCGCCGUUGAUUCAACGUAUUCCGACGCCACGUGUCCCUUUAAUGCCAUGUGAGGUCUACGAGAUUAGUAGAAAAUUAUCGUCUGCGACGCGGCGUGGGGAUUACGAGAAAUGUGGGGUGAUUAUUGAGAAGAUUAAGAAGUUAGGGGAUGAGAGUGAGAAAAAUCGAAAGUGUGUUAAUGAAAACAGCGUCGGAUGGGUUCUUUGUGAUUGUUUCGACAAGUUCUCGGGAGAUGAGAAAUUAACGUUUAUGUUGAAUGAGAUUUUGUCUUUGCUGACGUGGAUGUUUCCGAUUGGUUUAGAGGGUAUUUCGAAACUCGCGUCUGCGACAUCAUUUCGUUGCGUGGCGGGUUUGUUGAAGAGUACGGAUGAUUCCGUUCGUCAAAACGCCGCGUUUAUUAUGAAGGAGAUUCUCUCAUUAGACGAAACGCGAGUUCACUCGUUUGCGGUUGAGAACGGAGUCGCCGAAGCGUUAGUAAAGUUGAUUCGCGAUUCGGUUUCGUCUAGUUCAACAAAAUCUUCGUUGAUAGCGAUUUAUCAAAUGGUGUUGCAAAAGCCUGAAAUCGCGUCGGAGUUUCUCGAAAUUGGUUUGGUGAGUAUAACGGUGGAGAUGAUCGUUGAUGCCGAGAAUAGCGUUUGUGAAAAAGCGUUAGCGGUUCUUGACGCGAUUUGCGAAACAGAACAUGGUAGAGAGGAAGUGAGGAAAAAUGCGUUGGUGAUGCCGCUUUUGGUGAAGAAGAUUGCGAAGGUUUCUGAAUUAGCGACUAGGAGCUCAAUGUCAAUGAUUUUGAAGCUGUGGAAAACAGGAAACACGGUUGCGGUUGAAGAUGCGGUGCGUUUGGGCGCGUUUCAGAAGGUGUUGCUUGUGUUGCAAGUUGGGUAUGGAGAAGAGACUAAGGAGAAAGCGACAGAGUUGUUGAAGAUGAUGAAUACACAAAUGAAAUUGAUGAGUGAUUGUGUUGAUUCUUUAAAAGAGUUUAAGUAUAUCAAAAAGCCAUUUUGACAUAAACGACAGAUUAGAUUUCAACUAAUAAUACAAAAACCUUUGAAAGAAACAUUGAAUCUUGGGGAUCAAGCAAAUAUUUUGGGCCCCCAACAAUGGU